GGGUCGCCGCCGCGCGUGCGCCCCACGACGCCACGACACGCCCCGGCCGGCCGGCCCGGUAUCUCCUCCCCUCUGGCCGCCCUCCGACCAGGGCACCUCGAGGUCAAAAGCCCGACGUGAAAUCCAACCCCGAGAGCCUCCGCCACGUCCCAUUUCUUCCAAAGCGCGCGUGCCUGCGUGCGUGCGCAGGAGCCGGCCGACGUGACGACCAGAUAAACCCGCGAGCGCCGCGUCAACCAGGCCGGCCGGCCCCCGCGCGGCGAUCGACGACCGACAGAUCAUGCCGCGCGCUUCCGGCUCCGGCGGCGAGGAGGUGGAGGUGGACCUGUGGGCGAUGGCCGCCGAGCUGGAGCGGCAGUUCGCGGGGUACAAGCAGCGGCUCGCCGAGCGGGACGGCACGGCGGCGCGCGAGCACGACGACGACACGGGCGGCGGCGGGGACGAUGAAGGGGAGGCGGAGGCGGGAGGUCGCAGCAGCUGCAGCGACGUGAGGGGGAGGAUGUACGAGGCGUACGUGCGGCGGAGGGACGAGCGGCUGCGGGAAGGGUGGCACGCGCGCAUGGAGCGCAAGGAGGCCGAGGUCAAAGCGCUCUGGGCGCAGCUCGAGCUCACCGGCCGCGCCUUCGCGGCAGCGGAGAGGGCGCCCGGCGGCGGCGGCGGCGGUGACCCGACGGCGACGACCGCCGCCGGAGAUGAGAGGAAAGCUGAGCGGAGCGACGAUGACAAGAGAAGAAGCUCUGACACUGCUCUUGCUCCGAGGAGGAUCACCGGCAAGAAGCACGCGCGGGCCAGGAGCUUCUCGUCGUCCAUGACCACGAGCAGGAGCCGCACCGACGCCGGGAGGCGGCGGGCGCUGUCGCAAGAACCGCCACCGCCAGAGACACACGCCUCUGCGGAAGCCAGCAAGGACAACCGAGUGCGCCCGGGCGGCGGUGCCGGUGCGGUGACAACCGCAGCGACGGCGACACCGAAGACAUCUCUGCGUCGCAAGAACUCCGGGAAAGGGCACGGGUCCACGAAGCCGGCGGGGCCGAAGUUGCCGCGCUCUCUGCCCCGACGGGCUAGCUCAGGCGCCCUCGAGGCUCUCGGCAGAGAGGUUGUUCUGCUGCCGAACGCCGAUGCGGCUGCGCCCGUGCGGAGCAGCUCGAGCGAGUGUGCUACCCAUGACGAAACCCCGAAGGCUUCUCCCCCGUGGCCGUUCGUUGUCAAGGAAGGCAGUAGCGGCAUCACCUGUGCAGAGAACGCGGGGGUCGCCUCGCCGGAGUCAGAUCGCGGCGAGGCGUUCGAAGGUGUGCCGGAGGGCGAACCUGAAACCAAAAACGCCGGCGUCGAGAAACGCUGCGAAGAGAAGGUCGACGCGUCUCCUGACAAGCCUGGCAAUCCCAACGGAGAGAUCACCAGUGACUCGGAGACCGAGCCGAGCUACGUCUUCAUCAACAAGGACGCCGCCGAGGAGCAAGCCAUGACGGUUUCUGAGCCUUCGAAAUUGGCUGGUUCGGAUGCUGCGCUAGAUUCAGACGUGAGGACAAACGAAGAGAAUGCCGAAGCGACACCGGCGCCCGCCGACGCCACUGCCGCAGAAAUCGCGACGACGAAUGCCGAGGAAGCGCCGGCGAGAGAGAGCUCCGACGAGUCUUCUUUCUCCGUCAGGUCGGGGCUGAGCGCGCGGCCAUCAUGCAGCUCCCGGGACCAGUCCAUCGAGAGGCUGCUAGAAGCGGACGCCGUUCUCCUGCGGAAGAAGCGCGAGGAGCGCGCGGAGAAGAGCACGCCGAAGACGCCGGGCAGCGCCGGCAGCAGGGUCUCCGGCGCGGCGCGAUCGCCGAGAGAUACGGUGAGGGGAUUCAGGAGGUUCCUGAGCUUCGGGAAGAAGAACAGAGGCCGGGAGGUCACCGUCAUCGACUGCACGUCGCCGUCGGUGCCCUCGCUGGCCGACGACGACAGCGCGAGCGGAGGGUGGCAGUCCGCUGGUUCGAUCAAGCCCAGGAUGGGUUCCUCGGAUGCUGCCUCUGAUGAUACUGACCAUGGCUACACGGCAUCUCCACAAGCAGCUUGCUCUUUGCGAAGCCUUGUAGCUGCUUCUCCUGCAAAGUCUGAGCUCGCUGAGAUAGUUCCACAAGAGAAAUCACCAAAAGUUCAUCGUUCCUUCUUCACUUUCCGAUCGCUCAACUGCGGUAGGGGCUGAUUCAAGGCGUUGAGAGUGUAAUUAUUGUAAAUUUUAGAGAUAAAGGUUUCGAAAUUAGGUUGCUGUCUGAAAUCUUCUGUAUUUUUGCUUCGCGUGUUGUUCCCUUGUAUGGUGCCUGUACGAGUUUGUUAAAGGAUCUGUUAUCCGGCCAGAUGUAUACAUUAUACUACAUUAGUAGUAGCGUUACUGUGGUUUGUGUAGAUCCAUCCAUCGUGCAUGAAUGAAGGGCCAACGAAGGACUAAAACAGAAA